AUGAUCAUCGAUCCAAUUCUUUGGCUGCCCAUGACAAAUACGGAAAGAAGUCAAGUCCUCCGCUGGCGCCUCGGUUGGAUACCUGGCGGUAUAUCUCGUCCAUGUCCCUACCAUCCUUCUCAAACGUUCAGUCGUACUCAUUCUAUUGAGUGUCUACAUAUGCACCAUCGACUCCAAAUGCCAAGAACGGUCACCGACCCACUCUGCUUCCUGCUAAACCAACUACUGACUAAAAAGCUAAAAUGCUCACAGGAUAUGGCUCAUUGGACAAUCCGUUGGCCAGUUAUUUGUAUCAUCCUACAUGAAAUGAAUUAUCUCUUUCAUGAAAGGCUACCUCCAGAUCCUCCCUCAGAACCUGGUUUACUAUUGGUGAAAUGGUUAUUCAACUAA